AUGUCAUACCAACCAGCAAUCAUGAGUGCCUCGCUUGGGCGGGCAUGGAUACACGAUUUCCAUUACAAAAUGGAACAGGCUGCAAAAGCAGGGUUCAAAGGAAUGGAGAUAUUUUACGAAGAUUUGGAAUACCUGGCUCGUAAAAAGACCGGCAGCGAUGAUUACUCCAAUGAGCACAUCCUUGAAGCUGCUCGUGAAGCCUAUGCAGUUUGUAAAAAGCACAACCUCGAGAUCAUAGGAUUACAACCAUUCUUGUUCUAUGAGGGUCUCAAGGAUAGGGAACAGCACGCCAAGCUCAUUGAAAAGAUGAAGUUGUGGCUACUCCUUGCCGACGAACUACAUACCGACACUAUACAGAUCCCGGGCAACUUUCUGCCCGCGGAACAGCUCACCGACGACCUGGACGUGCACGCGGCAGAUCUCAGGCAGCUAGCUGAUAUGGGCGCCGCGCACAAUCCUCUCGUGCGCUACGCCUACGAGAAUCUCUGCUGGAGCACCUUUAACGACACGUGGGAGAAGGCCUGGGACAUGGUGCAGCGCGUGGACCGUCCCAACUUUGGCCUCUGCCUCGACACCUUUAACAUUGCCGGUCGCGUCUGGGCUGACCCGGCCUCGCCAACGGGCAAGACACCCAAUGCGGAUGCGGACCUGAGCGCCUCGCUCGAGCGAAUGGUCCGCGAGAUAGACCUUUCCAAGGUGUUUUACAUACAGGUUGUCGAUGCUGAGCGCCUGAGUGCCCCGCUGGUAGCGGGCCAUCCGUACCACGUCGAGGGCAAUCCGGCCCGAAUGAUGUGGUCACGAAACGCGAGAACAUUCAUGUAUGAGGAGGAUCGCGGCGCAUACUUGCCGGUUGAAGAGGUUGCCAAGACCAUCAUUCACAAACUGGGCUACAAGGGGUUCGUAUCCAUGGAGUUGUUUUCCAGGACCAUGGCCGAAGAGGGUCAACAUGUUCCUGACGAGCAUGCGCGGCGUGGUAUGGCGGCUUGGGGGAAGCUUUGCAAGAGACUAGAGCUUCAUCAAUAA